GGGGCUUUGAUCAACCUGCCCAUAAGAUGUACCCACAAGCUUUGUACGCAGACAUCUCAUGUAUCCACAAAUACACUAAAUAUGCAAAAUCACGCCGGCCCAACACAGCAGCAGCUCCUUCACCAAAGCACCCAUCUCUCUCCCCAACAGCAGCAACACAGCUCAACGAGUCCUUUUGACGAGUCCCAUACCUGCCCACGUCUCUACCCCUCUCAGGUCCAAAAACGAAAACCGACAGGUGUGUCUGGCAGUACAGGUGUGUUUUCGUACGUGCGUGCCCUCAAGGCAGAGCAUGAAUCAAUCACAGCUCUCCAUUCUGCGCCUCCCGCUCCUCAGUUUCCUGUGGCGGAGGCGUGGUGACUCCCUCACAAUCACCGUCGUCGAAGCCGCACUGCUCGACAUUGCAUGGUGCAUCACAUUCACCAUCGCCGCGCCAGCCCUCCCCACACGUCAGCGGACACCCCGACUCGUCAGAUUGGGCUGGCACACACACCGAGAGCAAGCACACAUAUCGACAAACAGGGUCAAGGAUCCACUGCCUGUUUCUCACUAUUGUCGCAAUCACCCCCGUCGUCGUCACACUCCUCUCGCCUGCACGGCUCGUCGCAAGUGCCAUCGCCUGCAUGCGACACGCACACAUCGCACGAGCCAGCAACCCAUACACCCAUCCAUCUGACGUCAACGCAUGUGUGAGAGGCCGCUGGCUUACCGAUCCACUCCCUGAGGCAAUAGUCCUCUCUGUCGUUGGGGUCCCUCCAACACUCUGGCGCGCUGCAUUUGCCGGCAUCAAAACUGCAGUCCUCCUUGUCACAUGCGGGGUCACACACGUCGUUUUGCAGCAUCUCAACUGUACAGAUGAAGAAGGCAGUAGAACAGAACGAACUGUUUCAUUUAUCCAUUGUCUGCUUCCCUCCCCGCUGUGAGUGAUGUGUGCAGUGCAGCCCCUACGUGUGCAUCCCUCAGCGCAGCUCUCGCAGUCUGGCAACAAUGACAGCACGGAGUGGAUAAUUAUUAAGUGAAUCCAGCGGUGUCCAUUCAAUGCGUCACAGCGCUGUCUGUGUGCACUUACCGCCGCAGUCGAAGUUGCAGCUUUCCGUCAGGCAGAGCGUGUCACAAGAGCCAUCGCCGAGCCAGCCAAGAGCGCAGCCCUCCGAACACUCACCCCUGCAGUCGCCCGCGUCCUGGUGGCAUGCAUCCGUAUUGCACUCCGAAUCGCACACAAAGUUUCCUGCAAAGACAUGCUCACACAAACAGAGAGAGGUCUACACGGACGGUGUGAGUACAACGCACCCAGCUUCUCGUCAGGACAAUCGCAGGCACUGUAGUUGAAGGCAAACAGAGGCUUACAUAUGGCUGCAAUCACACGCACACGAGGUGCUUGGGGGUGCGGCGCGUGCCGUGCGGUUCGGUGCAGCUGGCAGCUUACGGUCGCAGUCCAGUCCGUCAAAAUCACAUUGCUCCACGUUGCACGCCUCAUCGCAGCGCCCAUUGUUGAUCAUCGGCGGCUGCUCACCAAAUUCUUUCGGGCUGCAGUCAGGCGCACACCAACCUGCAGAUGACACACGCACAAGAAACCGCAAACAAGUCUCCAACCAUGAUCCCGCUUCUCACACACACCGACCUUCGCAGUCUCCCUUAUCGUUGCCACACGCCUCAACAGCACACGGUCCAUCGCACCACCCGUCCCCGAUCCAGUCGUCCGGACACUCGACCUGCAAAGGCACACAUACAGCGAUGUGGGAUGAGUGCGCGUUGCCGUAUGACGACAGCCUCUUGUGUGAUGUGCCCAUUCGCUCACCGGACAGUCAGGGUAUGGCGAUGAGGCGUUGCGGGCCCCGUCUACCUGUAACCGCCUGCACAAACACACGCAUCCAGGCAUCAUCCAUUUCUCUCGCUCUGAGUGAGAGAUCUCCGACCUUUUUGCUUUCGGCCUGCUCGCACCGGCAACAGCCAGGGCCGCACUCAGAAGCAAGAUGCCGCGACAGAGAGCACGCAUGGGAAGGUUUCAGACGCGAAGAUGGAUUCGCGCACGAGCGCGCAGAGAU